GAAAGUGAUGACCUAUCUUUUUAAGGACCGCACCCAAACUGUUAUCCUUUGUAUCAGUUUAAUUAAUUUUAUCAAUAAUAACUUUCGCAUCGCUCUCAAACCGGACCUAACAUGGGUAUUUUGGAAAUUUUCGCCGGUGGUAGUAUAGUCCAAAUCAACCAAGUGACCCACAAACACCUAGUAGCUGCGUGGGCCAUCAAUCUAUAAGAAUAUCGAUCAUCAUCAUCAUGUCAUGGACUGUAAAACAGGGGAAGUAUAUGUACAACUAGUCAACUACCACAAAAAUUAAGUUCAUGCAUCCAAACUUCUCCCAUAGUCCCCACUCUGCCACUCCCCUGUUCUCCUUCUCCUAUUUAUACUCCCCAAUUCCUCCAUUGCCUUUUCAUAUCUCCCCCCAACUCUUCCUUCCAUCCAUCCAUCUCUCAGACAUACAAAACACAGCAAGAUGCCGUCGUCUUCCACCACCGUCGUCUCCAAAUGCACCGUCAUCCCGCCCCUCAAAUCCACCCCCGCCGCCGUCAAAACCCUCAAGCUCUCUGUUUCCGAUCUCCCCAUGCUUUCCUGCCACUACAUCCAGAAGGGAGUUCUCCUCUCCCGCCCUCCUUAUUCCUCCAUCGAUCUCAUCACAUUCCUCAAACACUCCCUCUCCCUCGCCCUCUCCCACUUCCCCGCCCUCGCCGGCCGCCUCGUCACCGAUCCCACAGGCCACAUCCACAUCUCCUGCAACGACGCCGGCGUCGAAUUCAUCCACGCCAAAGCAGGCCACAUCUUCCUCCGUGACAUCCUUACUUCAGGGGACGUCCCUGAAUUCGUCAAGGAAUUUUUCCCGUUCGACAACACGAUUAGUUACUCUGGACACUCCCGGCCCCUCGCCGCCGUACAGUUCACGGAGCUCGCUGACGCCGUCUUCAUCGGCUGUGUCGUCAAUCAUGCCGUCACCGACGGGACCUCUUUCUGGCAUUUCUUCAACACUUUGGCUGAAUUUUGCAAAGGGGCGCAGAAGAUCUCGAAUCCCCCCGAUUUCUCUAGGAAGACGGUGUUCAACUCCCCAGCCGUGCUGAAAUUCCCCACCGGCGGACCGAAAGUUACUUUCUCCGGCGACGUGCCACUCCGGGAGAGGGUUUUCCAUUUCAGCAGGGAAGCCAUCUUGAAGCUGAAACAGAGAGCCAAUAGCAGUACCAGCAACGCCGCCGCCGUCAAUUUAAUCGAGGUUCUGGGGAAGCAAGGCAACGAUCACUGGAAAGCCGCCGUCAACGGGGACGGGGGCGUCACGAAUAAUGACGACCUGAAGAGCGGCAACAAAACGGCUCCGUUCGAGGUCUCCUCGUUUCAGUCGCUCAGCGCGCAACUGUGGCGCUCCGUCACACGUGCGAGGAACCUGCCGCCGAGCAAGAUGACGACGUUCCGGAUGGCAGUCAACUGCCGCCACCGGCUGGAGCCGCGGCUCCACCCUUACUACUUUGGGAACGCGAUACAGAGCAUCCCGACUCUGGCCCCGGCCGGUGAGCUGUUGGCUAACGACCUGGGCUGGGGCGCGGACUUGUUGCACAAAAACGUCGUCGCACACGGGGAUGCUACGGUGCGGAAGGGUGUAGCGAACUGGGAGAAGGACCCACGUUUGUUCCCUCUGGGGAACUUCGACGGCGCGUCCAUCACCAUGGGUAGCUCCCCGAGAUUCCCGAUGUACAACAAUGAUUUCGGGUGGGGCCGGCCGUUGGCGAUCAGGAGCGGGAAGGCCAACAAGUUCGACGGCAAGAUUUCGGCCUUCCCCGGGAGAGAAGGGAACGGGACCGUUGAUCUUGAGGUGGUGUUGGCACCUGAAACUAUGGCUGGACUGGAGAAGGACGAGGAGUUCAUGCAGUAUGUUUCUGAAAUUAUUAUUAUGUAAUUGAUUAAGUAUUUAACUAAAGAAUGUGUGACUGUUUUUUGUUGUUGUUAAAAUGUGGCACAACUCAGUCGGUCCAUUAUUGCAAUCACAUGCUUUGUACAUUGCUGGUCUUUAUUUUAAGUGUUGCCGUACAAGUUCAUCAGUAUUUUCUAUGGAAGAGUAAAAUAACAAUAUAUAUGCAGGCAUCAUUUUUUGUCCAGUUUGAAGGGGCAAAUUAAACUUAUGAAAUUAC